AUGGACAGUUUCUUUAUGAAUUACUCAAUGAUUCCCAUGCUUGUAUCCAUACACACACUUGCAAUCCACCCGGCCCUGAUAACUCUCAUACACACCUGUUUUCAUUUCAUACUAAACCGUGCCGGCCUCGGUGAAGAUAAGGCUGCUGUUGAUGAUACUGCCGACUCUAGGAAGUGUAGGGAGAAGACGCCUCUUUUGAGGAUGAGGUUGAGAUUGAGGGCAGAGAACCUGCUGCUGCUGAAGAGAUUACAAGGUCAGGCUGCAUUGGAGGCUAAAGUGUUUGCUUGUAGAUAUUCGAGGAAGAAUCGAAGGGGAGAUGGGAUAGUUUCUCAUCAGAAACCAGCAACCGAUGUUAACAUGAUGAAUGGCCUUGUGGUGCUUAUGUAA